AUGGAGAAAUUACCUAUCCACACUGGGGAGACCCAGAUACCUCCCAAAGAAUCAGAAUCCACAACUCGACGAGAGCGCCCCGAUACACCAACUUUCUUGCGACGUCUCUUUCUUGUUUUUUGUUUCCUGGGCUGUUAUUAUUACGUGAUUCGCAUUCUACCAACAACAGAAUGGAGAUCAAGCCCCUGCAGCCAUGGCCAACAUGAUACUGAACUCGCGAUGGAAGAUACAGAGGAGACAUAUACCCAAAUAUACGAAAACGGUGCACAGUUCAAUAUGAACGCCUUCGAUGAGCAAACGAAGGUUCCACUCGAAGCCCAUAUCAUGAGCAAGUGUCCAGAUGCCCAGGCCUGCUUGCACAAGUUGGUUCUUCCCGCUAUGGAGAAAAUCAGUGACAAGGUUGACUUCCAACUGUCUUUUAUUGCGACCGUAUCGAAAGAGUCCUCCGAUAUCGAGUGUAUGCAUGGACCUACUGAAUGUAUCGGCAAUAUGCUCAUGCUCUGCGCUGCCAACUUGCCUUUCCCUCCAACAGAAAAUGAAUCGCUCCUCCCCAGUACAUACCCCCGAACACCGAUCAUUCGUUCAUUGGGAUUUGCGAACUGUCUUAUAGAUGAUUACCCUCUGAUUCCAGACCGCGACCUUGUUAUACAUUGUGCACUGGAGCAUGGAAUCGACUUUGACGCUUUGAAUCGAUGUGCUAGUCAACAGAGUGACGAUCCUGAUGGUGGCUCCUCUGGGUCAUAUCCCCCAUUGAGUGGUAUAGCUCUUCUACGAGAGAAUGCUCUACGUGGCGAAGAACUUGGUGUGCAUACUAGCUGUACUGUGCGUGUGGACGAUGCUGUCUGGUGUGUUCAUGACGGUGGUUGGAAGAAUUGUGUCCAGGACGGCGAAGGUAGUAAGCCUCAGGUCUUGAUUGAUGAGAUCAACAGACUUUGGGAUGAAAGAAACUGA